GUCUGACUACAUCAAUGUGACAUUUUGAAAUGUUUGGUACUGAAGCGGGGAAAUUUUUAUACUUUCGAGAUAGCCACUGCCUUUAUAGAUGGAGGAACUAGAGAUGACUUUCAGCUUGUUAUUCCUGAAAGAGGUGAAAGAGUUAAGAUUAAUGCGGGAUCUACUCUCACUGUGUCAUGCCACCUGUCUCCUGCACUCAGUGCCGUUGACAUGGAGAUUUCUUGGUUUGGCGAGAUGUCUUGUAUUUGUGCCUAUAAGAACCGAGAGAUGACACAGAGUGUUGGCUACGAGGGGAGAGCCAGUCUUUUCAUUAAUGACCUGCCGAGAGGGAAUGUGUCUUUAAGAGUGGCAGACUUCAGAGAGUCAGAUCUGGGAGUUUACAUGUGCAGAGUCAUCGGUAGAAAUGAAACACAGCAGAUAACAGUAAAUGUAGCAGAAGAAGUCUCUGCUAUUUUGAAGGACCAGGACUUCUUUACAGUGAAUAAAAAAAUGGGAGAAACAAGCAACAAGUUGUCAGAGCAUGAGGGUGAUUCAGACAAUCAGCUUCAGGAUUACAAGACUGGAGAGCCAAUAUAUCAGUUAUCAAUCCACUCUGUAUAUCACAGUGCUUCAGGGAAGGAUCAGUGUAAGGAUUACAAGGGAGAAACAGACAACAAAUUAUCAUCACAGUACAGCAAAUUAGAUCUAAGCCAUAAAGAUGAGCAGCCUGGGGAUGACAUAAUGGGAACCAAAAGAAAAGAUUCUUUGCGCCAAGUUUCAUAUCACAGUGAAGAAAACAAGGGCCAGCAUGGGAAUGCCAAGAUGGAAGACUUGAAAAAGAACUUUCAGCUUGUUGUUCCCAGUACACCAGAAAAGCCAGAGGUUUCUUUGGGGGCUGAUUUGAUCAUUCCAUGUCACUUGUCUCCUGAAAUCAGUGCUGUUGACAUGGAGAUCAGGUGGUCUAAUGAUACAGCCUGUGUUUGCCUGUAUAAGGACAGGCAGGUGACAGAAGGGGUUUUGUUCAAGGACCGAGUGAGUCUAUUCACUCACAAGCUUAGUGAAGGAAAUGUUUCCUUACGACUGAAAAACUUCAGGCUGUCAGAUAUCGGAAAUUACCAUUGUCAGGUCAUCAGUAAAGACAGAAGAGAGAAUAUAACAGUUAGAGUGAGGAUAAAUCCCGGCGUGCAGUCUACGAGUCAGUCUCCAAUAUUUCCAGAAGAAAAUAAGGAUAAAAGGACAAGAGCACCAACAAACAAAGAAUCAAGGCACACUUCACAUCAAAGUGAAUCAGAUGAGAAACAACAUGAGAAUUACAGCAAGAGCGUAUCUGGUGGUUUUCAGCUUGUUAUUCCUCAAACAGAAGCACAGAUUUCUAUGGGGUCUGAAAUCAUUGUUCCUUGUCACUUGACUCCUGAAAUCUGUGCCAUUGGCAUGCAGAUCAAAUGGUUUAAGGAGACAGACUGUGUUUGCAUCUACAAGAACAGACAUGUGAUCGAGGGGAGGAGCUACAGAGACCGAGCGAGUCUGGACACUCACGUACUGGAGAGAGGAAAUGUGUCUUUACAUGUCAAUAACUUCAGUGUCUCAGAUGUUGGUGAUUACUACUGUCAGGUCAUCAGUGGAGACACAACACAACAGAUUACAGUAGGAGUGAGGAUAAAACCUGAAGUCCAACCUGCAUUUCAAGAUCAGUCUAUUCAGCUAAUGCUGUAUGAGAUAGAUAAAAUAUGGACUGAAGUGGAGACAGGCAUAAUGGAUGAAUCUGCUUUAAUGUCAGAAAUGAAAGUGAACAAUGUGCAGGAGCUUCAUCAAGUGAUGAUCAGGGCUUACAGAGAAGGUUCUCUCAGAUGGAGUUGAGAGAGACCAGAAUGGACUCAUCCCUCAAUCUCAGUUGUGGGACAGAGACAAAUAAAAAUCCCUUUAGAUACCUAGAACAUACAGAUGUCAGGUUGAUGAUUAAUGCCUUAUCUUAAUUUGUUAAAAUGUAUUGCAAUCAAUAUUUCAGAUUUGUUUUUACAUGUAUUUACAAAAUACAUGUACAUUAAGGCAUGACAUCAUGAAGAUAAGUGUAAUUACAAUGAAUUGAUACUGUACUUAAUGUAUAUUUGUAACCUUCCAAAUACUAAAAUAAAGCAGCUUAAUAAACGCUGAUUUAUUUAGGAAUAAUUGAUAAUGAACCAUGCCCUUCUAAAAGUAGAAUUUAUUUAUUCCACAAGUGAUUUACAAUGUACUUUUCUGUGUCUUCCUGUGUCACAUAAAUACUUAGGCUACGAUUAAAAUGCACAAAGAAUCAUGUAAAGCUACAAGAAAUAUAUACAUAUAUAUUAUCGAAUUUUACUGAAGUUUUAAUAAAAAGGAAUCGAGACUGUGGACCUUGAAAAUACAAUACAUUCAAAAGUAAUUUUCUCAUAAUCAUAUUUAAUAAAAAAAGAAAAA